CUAUGCGCGCCUUGUGCUGUUAUUACUGGAUGUGCUAAAGACUACGCUGCGUUGUUAGAAGGAAGCUAUCCGUUUUCGCUGUCCUGAUUUCUUCUUGGCACAAUGGCCCUCUCUUCUGCUGCCAACGUGGUCCGGUCGGCUGUUCUGCAGCACUUGCGCGUGACUGUGACCUCCAGCCUUCAAUCGAGCUCUCUGCCGACCUUCACCAACAUAAUCAGCCGUGGCUUUGGUGGUGGCUUCCUGGACAAGGAUUCCGUCACGGAGCGCGUGCUGCACGUCACAAAGCACUUUGAGAAGAUUGAUGCAUCCAAGGUGAGCCCGGCGGCCUCUUUCGAGAAGGACCUGGGCCUGGACAGCCUGGACGUGGUGGAGCUGGUCAUGGCAUUGGAAGAGGAGUUUGGCCUGGAGAUUCCGGACGCUGAGGCAGAUAAGAUUGCUUCCGUGGGUGACGCUAUCAACUACAUCUGCAGCAACCCUAUGGCAAAGUAGAGCAGCGGCGAUGAUGGCACGUUGCACGCGAUGUGGAGCGCAGGGCGGCAGGGCGGCAAGGUUUGGCUUAUGGCUUCAACGGUAGGGUAGGGGUGUUUCAGGGCUUGGGGUUUAAGCGAGGUUGAAGGGGUGAAAGCAGCUGGCCGGCAGCAGAAGUGAGUAAGAGUAGGACUGCAGCCUUGUUGGGUAUGCCCCCACGGCCCGCACUGGCGGCUGAGUUGCCGCAGUUGUGCCAACUGGUUGAGAGUGCGUGUGUCGUGCCCUGCUGAUGUGCGGAAACACCUUUCGUGGUUUCCCAAGAUGGGAGUCAUAGUGUUAGGUUCGUGUGGUUGUGACGAGCACCACCGCGUAUGAGCAUGAGCAUGUGAUGAACGGGUAGAUGCGAGUUGUUUACGUGGACAUAGGAUUGGCAUGUAGGCGCAUGUACAACUGGCGCACGUUUACCUUCAGUGGUGUCCAGGUGGCUGUAACAGUACGGGGCACGCUCGGUGUGCGCAUCCCGACCGCCCAGCCCAACCCCACGACAGGCCGACUGGGCCAAGACUCGGCUCGGCACGUGCGUGUGCUGUGCAGCUUUAGUGGUGUAACAGAACCGCUCC